AUGACCACCGCAUUCUUCCAUAACGUCCUCGUUCCACAAGUCAUGCACCACCCCGCCUACAAGACUCUUUCAAUGAAGACAAGUCAAACAUCCAUAGGAGGACAGGGACUGGAAUGUCGAUUGAUCACAAGAGACGCUCGGUCUCCAGAAAUGUCCCUCCAAGGCUAUGUCCUCCUCUGGUCCUCAACAGCUGUCGAAUCGCACCCCCAAGCAGCUUUAAUCCAACGAUCCAUCGACCUUCUGUGUCCCACUACAACAGGACAAACAAAAUCAGUCAUGAUUUCAGAACAAGACCUGGCCGUGAUACUAGAUAUCCUAGGUCGGUUACCAGCAAGCGAGGCUGAGAUCCGCGCCAUGGUCGAGGUCUCGUACUGGCACCAGGAUGAGUCCACAGUAGACUCUUCACCUGUGCUACUGACGGCAUUCGCAGCUCAACCGGACCAAAUACCCGCGAUCCAGACGCACUUCAAACAGUACCGCGAUUCCGUCCGCAGUUUGUUUGACAUCACUUUAAAGCUACAUGUCCAAGCCAUGGCCGAUCCUUGA